AUGCGUUUCACUUCUGCCCUUGUCGCGGCCGCGGCCGCGGGUUCUGCUCUGGCCCAACGUCCCUCCAACACGUCCAUCUGUGACUACUACACCACUGCCCUGUUGAAGGAGAACAAUGCCACCAACCAGUACACUCUCUUGACUCUUGUGGUCAAUACUGCGGUUAUUGGAAACUACACCCAGCCUAAUGUGGGUGUCAGCGUUCCGGGUAUUCUCAACCCCAAUGGCACCUACAACGGUACCAAGGUCAACCUGGUACCCUAUUUCAACGGAGGUCUUGCCUCCACCAACGACAAUGGCAAGGCUGUGGCCCGAAACUUCCUUGACGGCGGUGGUGCUGCCCCCCUGAUGAAGAACAUGCCCGCCGAGGACAUGAACUCCAACCAAUACUACCUCAUGACCCACUUGUACGAGUUCUUCGGCAGCCUGCUUGGCUGCUCUCAGUACGGUAUGAAGGGCUUCCCAGAGUACUCUGGCGAUGCCAGCAUGUACAAGGUCCACAAGUUCAUGGUCCUGAACCCUUACGAGAUGGGCUACUUCAUUGAGCAGGUGGCUCUCUCGGCUGCUUCCUUCGGUGUUGCCGAGUCUGACAUUAUGGCGGUUGGCAAAGCCCUGAACUCGCUUUUCAACUACCGCUGCGCACCCGAGGUGACGGUCAUCAAGGCUCAGGGUCCUCAGUGGCAGAGCACUUGCACUGACUCGUCCUGCCCGCUGGCCGACAAUGCCACUUGCUCUGCUUACGAGAUGGUGCCCCAGCCCGCCGUUGCCAACGCGACCCUUGCCAUGGGUGAGGGUAGCAACUCGAGCUCCUCCGCGUCCGGCUCCAGCACUGCCACCAUGUCUGGCUCCAUGACUGCCUCCAUGUCUGGCGCUGCCGCCACUGCCACUUACAACGCUGCUUCCGUUGUCGCUCCCGGGCUGACUGGUGUCUUUGCCGCCGCCGCUGCGAUCUUUGCUCUGUAA